CAAUAGACAUAAGAGAUAAGACAAAAAUUUUCAUUUCAAUCAUCAAGGAAUUACAAGAAAUUACAAUCAACGAUAAAGUAAAACUAAUGAAUGAAAGAACAACGAAUUAGUUGAAUUGAAGUAGGAUGCCUAAUUUGAACGGAAACAUGUAAUCAAGUUGAUUCUUUAUAAAUAAACCAAAUGGUUGAGAAGGGAUCUAAUAGCAAAGCUUAUUUAUAGACCCCUCAUCCGGCCGAUCCGGCCAAUAAAUGCGAGAUAUAUAAUCUUAAAAAUGCACAGUAUACAUAAAAGGUUUAAAAGGGUACUUUUAUGAUCCUUACUGUUGACUUUGAUUCCUGCAAGAAGCAAGUGCUGAAACUGAAUUAAUAAUUUCAAGAGUAAACCAGUGUGCUAAAGCAUCAGCUCAAAUUAAUUUCGCGUUGAAAAAUUAAAAAGAAGGGUAGUUUUCUCGGAUUUUAGAAAGUUCAAAUAGGCACAUGUUGGCCUAAAUUUUAUGAAAUUAUGUUAUGAAAUAAUUAUUAAGGAAAAAAUUAUUUUGACCUCGGAAUGGAUGAAACUCAAAUUUCUAAGCAGUGGAAUUGUUAGGCUUUGACUUGACCUUUUGGCAAAUUAUUACUGCAGUAGACUAACUAGGGUACUACCUCCAGUCUAUAGAGUCAGCAAGUGAGUUCACAAUUGAGUUACAAGGUCACUGGUUUUUUGCUUGCUUACCCGGUCAGCUCUGACGAGCCCGAUUCGUAGUUACGCGUACAAUAAUAAAUCCAUUGAAACUCACUGGUUUCGACUGACCAGUUGCGAUCAAUGACAAUGCUCGUUAACCCGCUUUAUAAUUGCCGUCGCAAUCAUGCUAUUAGGCAAACUGCGCUCACUGAUUCCACUGACCACUGCUAUCCGCUCCAAUGCAUUUUACGCGCAUUCAGCUAGAGGUUUCACAGAUGAAAAACAAAACAGCGAGUUCUGAUUUCGAUUAACAAGCUAGUAAAAUGUCGUUGUUGCGACAUGUUGUUGCGAUCUAUAUCGCAUUUACGGCAUGCUGUUAUUUUGCUCGGGGCAGCCAGGAAGAUUAUCAGUUGUUGGAGGAUUCGUUUGCACAUGCAUACGUUGACGAUACUCCUGCACAAGAACCAUACCGGCUCCAUAAUGUUCCAGAAACAAAAAGGUACACUAUAGCUAGAGCUCAGCGCUACCAGAGACCAGCUGUCCGUGGUUACAAGUAUGUUACUCCAGCUGUUUUGACACCCAACGUUUAUAACAGAUUACAGCAAAGGAACCAAGCGGCAGCAUCUCGCCGUAAUCUAUUCGCCCCUCGGAUUAAUCCUUUGUUGCCUCAAAGAAAAAUAUUGAUGCAUUCAGCACCUCGGAAUAUUGCAACGUUUGCAAGAAGAGAUCCCAAAUACAUGCAGCGACCGAGCGUGGUUCAGGCGCCAAGGCGAAGUGCUCUUGCUUCACACCGUGCCCUUAAUGUCUACAGCCCGCGUGCAAAUUACAUGUACAAUCCACGAUUAUACACAAAUUUUUACAGGCCGAAUCCCUAUAUGUAUGCGCAACGACGCAAUUUUAUGUAUCCUCAGCUGCGACCUUACAAUUAUGUCGCAAGAAGGCCGUUAGUUUAUUCUCAAGCCAUGCUGAGAAACCGAAUGCUUAACUUUGUGUACAGGGCGCCCUUACAACUAAACAUGUACCGAUGGAAUCGUCCACAACGUUUAUUAUACGCAAGAGAUCAUUCUUGGUCCGGAAAUCACUUGAACCUGAACACUGGUACGAGCUCUCAUACUGUAUCAAAUUCUGUGCUUAAAGCUCCUGGACACACAACAACAGAUACACACGUGGUCAAUAAACAGCAGACUGGUGGGCGGGUACGAGGGGUUGCCCCUAAAUAUAAUGGCAAAAACUUUUCUUCUUCAAAACCGAGGUAUCCUUUCAUGGGUAAAGGUUCGAGGGCAAGAGGAAAGGUUUCUGCGAGUGCAAAUGUAAAUGCAAAAGCCUCAGCCUCAACAUCGUCAUCCUCAAGCUCCCAGUCAGGCAGCUCUUCAAAAACUAAUGGAGGAUUACGGACGACGUCAUCAGGUGGUUGGGGCGGAGGUGCAGGCGCUGGAUGGGGCAGUGGACCCAAUGCCUGGGGCAUAGGUUACGGUGGAGGUGGUGGAGGCAGCAACUGGAAGAUUCCUUCGAACAUGGUCGGAAUUCCUGGAAUGCCAGGCAAAUUUCCCGGAAUACCAAGUGGUUUUCCGGGGAUGCCACCCGGUGGAUACCCUUCUAAAGGAUAUGCAAGUGGUUCACCAGCAGCAAAUUCAAAACGGCCCUCCUCAACGCUUAAAGGACAGAAAGUGAGCCUCAAACCAAAGAAAGGUGUGAACUCUAAAGCGUUUCGGGCACCAAAAGUCAAAGCAAAGACAUCAAAGGUUGCAGCUGGCAAAGGGAAAGCCAGGCCACCUAUGAAAGCAUUUUCAAACCGGAUGAAGCCAAAAUCGACGCUGCCGCUCAAGCCAGAAAAAAUUAUGCGCGUGCAGUUUUUCUCGAGCGAUCCACAGCGUAGGCCAGUCAGCUCUCAGUGGCAAAAGAUCCGACAGCGAAUAAUUGCAGAUGUAAUCAAAGGUUAAAGCAAUGAAGGAAUAGCAUACAUGUUUCAUGCAUUUAUUCAAUGUAUGCAUUAUAUCCAAGAGAGUUUAAAGGCCUUAAAGAAAACAUAAGACAUUAAAAAGAGCUCAAGUAACUGAGUUAUGCCAAAUCAUAAAUGCCACUUUUUGAAAGAAAAUUAAACUUUGACGCAAGCCUUUAUUGUCUGAUGGAUAAAAGGCAGGAUUGUAAACUUACAUUAAAGCUACAGAAUACGUAAAGGGAAUCUACAGAUACUUAGAUGGCUUAGGCCAUCUUUCAAUCAAUAUUUGCUGACCAAUAAGCAUGUGAGUGGUGUCAUGCUCACUGAUUGGCCAAUUGUUGAUUGACAGGUGUCUUAAGGAACUUUAGUAUCUGUCGAUUGUCUUAAAAGAAGUAAAAUAUGAUAGACAGUAUAUAUACUAUGUUUAUCUAAUAUCAAAUGAGAUUGUAUGAUUAAUACUGACGUACGGCAUGGCUGAGAAAUAGUGCCAAAGAGAACAACAAUGUUUGAGGCGCACAAUAGACUGCCUUCAUAAUGUAAUUGUAGCAAAAAACGACUUUGUCGUGGGCCUCAUUUUCGAACUGCUUCCUCACUGCCCGAAUACUAAUAAAUUUUGUUCCCUCUCUUCCUAAUUAAAUUCAAAAGUUUGGGUGAAAUGUCAUGAAAGUCGUCCUAGAAAAUCCGUUUUUAGGCAUCACAUAUAUAUUUGUAGUCAAACAAUGCUGUUUUAAUAGGCAAGUUGAAUACUUCAUUAGCCUUUGAGCUCAAGGAUUUUUGGCAGUUAUUGUUAUUAAAAGCUGAAAGUCAUAGGAUUUUUAAAAGUAUGAUGCCCAAAAAAGUUACUAGUUUGUAAUAAAACUGGGAUCGAGAUUUAGUUUUCACUUGCCACGAUAAUUAUUCAGCAAUGAGUGUAGUUGACGAAGAAAAUUCUGUUUCAGAUCCGAUAUUUUGCGCUGCAUAAGAGGAAUAAUUUGCACUAAGAAUUUAAGUAUUGCACUAUGAAAAUGGAAAGCAAUAGAAAAGAUAAUCAUCAAAAUAAAAGAGCAUUUGUCUUCAUGGCAUUUACAAGCUUAAAAUUUUUGUUGCAAGGCUGACGAUAUAUGAUAUUUUUAUUCGUCUUUAAUUUAAACAUAUUUUGUCUUUAUGCCACAUGAAAUCUAUUUGACGAACUUCAAGCAUUGAAGCAGAUUUUAAAGAAGAUUUAGAAGUUAAUUUGACGAUUCGAUAGGAAAUUGUAAUAACAAAAAUGACAAUAUUAUUAUUUGAAUAAUGAUUGCUUGUGAACUUUAGUCUGGUAAUUUGUUAAUAAUUAAAAUAGCAGAUGCAUCAGAAUUU